AAUAUUCAUGACGAUAGUGCAGGUGUAAUUAGAAACCUUUGUAGUGUAAUUUUCAUUUCCAAACUCAAUUCCCUUUGUUCUCGAACUCUGGUGGUGCUCAUCGCGCCCAAACCGUCUCCUCAGUUCCAUAGCCAAUUGAAUCUCGCCUAGCAUUCAAGCUCACCACCCCUAAGCUCGCCGUGAUCAGCAAGGUCGUCGCGACUGUCAAGCUCAUCGCCAACCAGUGCGUGCCGCCACGCCAUGGUCACAACCUAACUCCUCGUCAAAUAGCCAAGUUUGUAAGUUGUGGGACAGAAGCAGCCUAUUUCAUCCAAAGCCCAGUUGACAAUUUCAUUGUUUCGGAGAGAGAUGAUGCUGCCAAGGGCAUUGUUGGCUAGAUUCAUUCAAAAAUCAUCCACCGUUUCUCCUUUCCAAUUCAAUCAACAGAGAGCAUUGCAUAGCAGGAAUAAGAAAGCAUUGGAAUUCAUUGCUAAAGGCUGGAAUGCUUUGAAGGAGGUUGAUAGAGUGAUAGAUUAUUGCGAGCUCAAUGAUAAGCGCCUCAUUCCUCUUCUCAGGACAGCUAAGGAGAAUUUUGAGCUUGCUUUGGAAGCUGAUAACACCAAUACCCAUGCUAGGUAUUGGUUGUCCAGAUUGCAUAUGAAGUACCAUGUUCCAGGAGCUAAUAAAGCCGUAGGUGCUGCUUUAUUGGUAGAAGCGGCUGAAAUGGGUGAUCCUGAUGCACAGUAUGCACUGGGUUGUCAUUUAAGAGUUGAGAAUGAUUAUGUCCACUCUGAUCAACAAGCAUUUUAUUAUUUGGAGAAAGCUGUGGACCAGUUGCAUCCAGGUGCUCUAUACCUUUUGGGUGCUGUAUAUUUGACAGGCGACUGUGUCAAGAAAGAUAUUGCUUCUGCAUUGUGGUGUUUCCACAGAGCAUCUGAGAAGGGCCAUGCUGGGGCAGCUAUAGCAUGUGGAUCUCUUCUUCUUAAAGGUGUUGAGAUUCCAGAAUCGUUAAUAAAAUUCAGUAAGAAGAGAGGUGCAGCAGCUCAUAGACGAGGGAAGAGUAAGGGAAGUGUUGCAAUUGAGCCGGUAGAGAUGGCAAGAGAAAAGUUUGAAAUUGCGGCAAAAGCAGGGUGUAAUCUUGGAUUCAAAUGGCUUGCAAGGUUGGAGGAGGAAGAGAGACGGGCACUCACGGAAGGGCACUGACAAGUGCGGUGCUUUUUUGUAGCAGAACCUAUGAAAUAUCAUUUAGCUUCUCUGAAUUAUGUAUUCUAGUCACUGAAAAAACAAUAAAGCAGUAGAUUAGUGAUAUUUUAGCAGGAGUUAAGCUCAAAAGGUGCCAUUUCAUUAUUUCAAUGUUCUGAAAAUCUAUCCUGAAAAGACCAGGUCUAGUCCCUGUAUCUUAGGGUACAUCUUAUAAUUACUACACCAAUAGAUAUGAUUGAUGAAUGUCUAA